UGAUUCGAGUCGCAUGUGAUACGUAUGUACGUCAUUCAUAAUAUCAUAGACAGUAAAGGUGCGAACGUUUUUAGCAACUGUUCUCAUGGCUGUCAUACUAACAAUGGAGAAGCUCAUCGCAUUUUUAAAAGUGGAUUUGAUGUUUGCCUGUUGUUGGCCGCUACCGCCGACCGCUACGAAAUACGAGAGAAUACGCAAUAAGAUAUUUCGUUGGUUGUCCGUGUUGCACGGCAUGAUCAUGGUGGUCACGAUUAUAUAUACCAUUUAUAUUAACAGUUCGGAUGUGUUUCUCAUAAUGAAAUUAUGCUGCGAGCUCUGCACUACCUCCGAGGUUCCGUUGCAGAUUAUGUGCUUUUCAAUACAAUAUAAUCGACUACAAUAUGUGAUUUAUGAAUUAGAGAAUUAUUGCAAACGGGCAAAACCAGAAGAAAAAGCGGUCUUUCAUCAUUAUAUCGAUAGCUGCAAAUUGAUUUAUGUGGGCUCGAUGUGUGCUUUCACUAUUACCGGUCUGCUAAUUAUCAUCAGCCCUCUCGUGGAACCUCAUCCGUUCCCCAUCGACAUCGAGUACCCAUUUGACGUCGAUUAUCAACCUAUGAAGACGAUCAUUUAUUUACAUCACAUAUUACUCUUAUAUCAAAGUUACGCGCAAGUAUGCUCUAACAUCUUCGUUGCUCUUCUCUUAUGGUUUAUCUCAGCAAGGUGUGACAUACUGUCCGGACGAUUUCGAGCAGUAACGAAAUUCGAAGAAUUGCGCGCGUGCCUAAUAGAGCAUCAAGAGUUGUUAAGAUAUGGAAGAAAAGUGACUCUCUCCAUUCGUUACGUAGUAUUAGCAUCGUUAGCUAUUAGUACGAUAGUGAUCAUUUUUACCGGCUGCACCUUCCUCAGCCGACAACCAAUAUCGGUAAAGUCGACGUUCUUAAUCUUUUUCAUUGCGUCCCUCGCAAAAGUAUAUCUGUGCGCGUGGCCAGCUGAUCACUUAUUAAGCGCAAGCACCAAUAUUGCGCACGCUGCAUAUGACUCGAUGUGGUACAACAGGGAGGUCGGUUUGCAGAAAAUUUUCUUACACGCUGUGUUGCGCAGCCAGUAUCCAAUAGCUGUAAAUGUACCCUGCAUGCUUCCGACAGUUUCGUUAAAUUAUUAUGCCUCUUACGUCUUAACUGCUUUUUCCUAUCUGACCACUUUCCGAGUCUUAUUUGAGGAUGACGACAAUUAGUCUGAAGCACGUUUCUUGUUCAUGUCGGACUAGAAUUUUCUAUAUCUGUGGAAUACAUAUAGAAAGAAAAUGCAUCUUGAGUAGGGCAACUGUCUACUGUUUUUGCAGAUAUGAGAUAACUAAUUUCAGUCUUAAUGUUCUGUUGUCGAUGCCUAACAUUUCUAGUUUCGGAACAAAUUUCUAACGUUUACGCUGAGGCAAAACUUAAUAAAUUAUAUA